AUGAGUAGCUUUGGCUACCGUCGAGAACUGAGCAAGUAUGAAGAUUUGGAUGAGGAUGAGUUGUUGGCCUCUCUGAGUCCAGAAGAGCUCCAGGAACUGGAGAAGGAACUAGCAGAUAUUGACCCUGAUAGGAAUGUCCCGAUUGGGCUACGCCAGAGGGAUCAGACUGACAAGACCCCAACAGGCACUUUCAGCAGAGAGGCACUCAUGAAAUACUGGGAGAAUGAGACUCGUAAACUUCUGGAGGAUGAGAGGAUGGGCUCUUGCCCUAGACAGGUUAGUGGCUCUGAGGAAUCUGAAGAAGAGAAAGAUGAAGAUGAGGACAAUGAAAAAGAUGGGAUGACAGAAGAUCAGGAGGAAGAAGAGGAAGAAGAGGAAGAAGAGGAAGAAGAGGACGAAGAGGAAGAAGAGGAGGAAGAGAGUGAGCUUGAGGAACCAGUGACAGAAGAGGAAGAAGAUGAUGAGUCGGAGGAGGAAGAAACCAAGGAGAACACUCCACGGAUACCAGCUCCACAACCGAAGCAGGACCUUUACCACAGUCAAUCAAAAUUCAAAGAGGGGCCCGUGAGAAGAAACUCACCAGCAGCUGAGGACGUCAGCGUUCGAGCUACAACUCCAAGCCAUCUGUCUGGAAACCCAACAGUGGUGGAUGACGCUCUGGAGAAAAUUCUAAACAAUGACCCAGACACCACUGAGGUCAAUCUCAACAACAUAGAGAAUAUCUCCCAGGAGACGCUUAUUCGUUUUGCUGAGGCUCUGCACUCAAACGCUCAUGUCCGCGUCUUCAGCCUGGCUAACACCCAUGCUGAUGAUCAAGCGGCCUUUGCCAUUGCCAAGAUGCUGCGUGAAAACAAUUGUAUUACUAACCUCAACAUUGAGUCAAACUUUGUCACAGGAAAGGGAAUUCUGGCUAUAGUGCAGGCUCUGACCUGCAACAAAACUCUGACAGAACUUCGUUUUCAUAACCAAAGACACAUCUGUGGGGGCCAAGUGGAGAUGGAGAUAGUCAAACUUCUGAGGGAGAACAACACUUUGCUGAAGCUUGGCUACCAGUUUGACCUUCCAGGUCCACGUAUGAGCAUGACAGCAAUCCUUACUCGGAAUCAGGACAGGCAAAGGCAGAAGCGUCUACAGGAGCAGCGUCAGCAAGGAUCAACGCCAACACCUGUGAACCCCCGUACUAGUGCCCUUCAGAAGGGAAUUCCAACAUCCUCCCCUUAUGGUUCACCACGGAGCUCACCAUGGUCCUCUCCAAAACUGCCCCGCAAUGAUGUGGUGAACAAGAAUGCACCACCUGCACCUACACCGCCCCCUCCUCCUCCUCCUCCUCCUCCACCACCUCCACCUCCACCCCCCCCUCUUCCAUUUAAGCCUGUCACAGAGAAGAAAGCACCAACAAGAAAGAUAGCGGAGGUGAUUAAACUCCAUGAGGCAAGCACCAAGAAGCAGCAACAGCAGAACAAGUCAAAAUCCAAAAAGGGGAAAAAGGGGGCAUGCAAGGUAAAGGAGGCCAAUAUCCUGAAAGAACUGAAAAAUGCGCUUCGGCCCAUAUCAGACAGAGAUAUCUCCAGACCAUCCACACCUCAGCGCUCAGCUCAUGAUGAACUGAUGGCUUCCAUCCGAGGCAGCAGUAUCAAGUCACUCAGACGGGUGGAAGUUCCGAAGUAUCUGCGGUAA